AAAACUGCCUUUUUCUUUCUUUUUCUUUUAUUAUCAUGACGCAAGCUAUUAUUUCUUUAUAUCAAGGAAAGACACCUCUUUGUUUCCCUGUUGAUCAUCAAACAGCACUUGAUUUAAAGCAGUCUAUUUAUGUUACUACUUGCAUCCCUGUUGAAGAUCAAGUCUUGAGGACACUUGAUGGUCAUUAUUUGUCUGAUCAAGAACCUCUUGACCGCAGCCAUGAUAUUUACCUGACACUCUCGGGUAGACUUGUGGGUGGUAAAGGUGGUUUUGGUUCCAUGUUGCGUGCUCAAGGUGGUCGUAUGAAUGCUCAAAAGACAACUAACUUUGAAGCCUGUCGAGACUUACAAGGCAGAAGAAUUCGUACUGUGAAUGAAGCUAAAAAGUAAGCAAAGGUUAAACAAACAAAAGAAACUGACUCAUUUAGACUUCAAGAAGAAUUGGAUGCUAUCCCUAAACAAGAAGAAGCAAAAAGAGAAAGAUUAAAGAGAAAGAUUGAGGAAGCAUCAAAAGAAAGAGAACCAAGAAAAUAUUUGUUUGAUGAUAAUCAAUUUUUGGAGGACAGAGAAGACGUAGUAGAACAUGUCAAGUCUGCAGUAGGCAGUGCUAUGAAGAAACAAAAGACAACACAUUUAUCAGCCUCAUCAUCAUCGUCGUCCUCAUCCACUAGUUUAUUUGAUGAUGAUGAUGAU